CGGUCUUCGCAGUUUGAACUGUCGAGCCGUUUCUCUCCGUCGAAAAGUCGCGGUUUUUUUACUAAUUUAUUUGUUAAAAUUUCACCUUUCCUUUUCCCCCAAUCCUAGUCCAUACAGACAGUCUCUCUCUCUCGAUAACACUCCAGAAGACCUAGCUCGGAUUCGUCCUCGCGAAACCCUACAUGAUGAAGGGCCCGAAGCCACUGAAGCAGCUCCAGGUCGCCGUGCCGGCCCAAGAAACACCCGUGGACAAGUUCUUGACGGCAAGCGGGACAUUCACGGACGGUGAUCUGCGACUGAAUCAGAAAGGAAUGCGGUUGAUCUCUGAGGCAACUGAGAGUCGUCAACCCGAUGUUAAGGAAGAGGAUAUGCAGUUCUCAUUGGAAGACCUGGAGACCAUCAAAGUUAUUGGGAAGGGGAGUGGAGGUGUUGUUCAGCUUGCACGGCACAAAUGGUUGGGGACUCUCUAUGCCCUGAAGGGCAUUCAGAUGAAUAUUCAAGAGGCAGUUCGUAAACAAAUAGUACAAGAGCUUAAAAUAAAUCAAGCAUCGCAGUGUCCGCAUGUUGUUGUUUGCUACCAUUCUUUCUAUCAUAAUGGCAUAAUCUAUCUUGUCUUGGAAUACAUGGAUCGGGGAUCUCUGGCUGAUAUAAUUAAACAAGUGAAAACAAUUCUUGAGCCGUAUCUUGCAAUUGUUUGCAAACAGGUUUUGAAGGGUUUAGUGUAUCUGCAUCAUGAAAGGCAUGUAAUCCACAGGGACAUAAAGCCAUCGAACUUGUUGGUAAAUCACAGUGGUGAGAUAAAGAUAACUGACUUUGGAGUGAGCGCAGUGCUUGCUAACUCCAUGGGUCAACGUGAUACAUUUGUGGGCACCUACAAUUAUAUGUCGCCUGAGCGGAUCAGUGGAAGCUCAUACGAUUAUAAGAGUGACAUAUGGAGUUUGGGCUUGGUCAUACUUGAGUGUGCUAUAGGCCGCUUUCCUUACAUACCGUCUGAACAAGAAGAAGGCUGCCUGAGCUUUUAUGAACUUUUGGAGGCUAUCGUGGAUCAGCCACCACCUUCUGCCCCAUCAGAUCAAUUUUCUCCAGAGUUUUGUUCAUUUAUAUCAGCAUGCUUACAGAAGGAUCCUCAGGAAAGAAUGUCAUCUUUGGAGCUCCUGAGUCACCCCUUCAUCAAAAAAUUUGAGGACAAGGACAUCGGUCUGGCAAUCCUCGUCAGCAGCUUAGAUCCUCCUGUAAAUAUACCUGGUGAUGUGUAAGUAUAUAUGAUGGUUUCUACAUGCACAUUACAUGUAAAAUAACAAUCUGAGCUAAAGAUGUUGCAAGUUCACCUUGCCCUCCUGGAGCUCUCUGGUUUGCUGCUUGCUCUAGUUCAAGUCAAUCAUAUACUCAACCGCAUGAUUUUCACGUGAGCA